CUUAACUGCCAGCAGGUUUGCAACAUGGAACAACUCAACUCCUCCAUGGUCACCUUUAACGUCUCCUCUCCUGGACAUCCAUCUAAUGCCUCCUGGCUCUCCAUCCAUGUGGUCCCUAUGCUGGUGCUGUCUAUCUGCUUCCUGAUAGGAGUUCCUGGAAACAUCAGUGUGAUCAUCCUCAAACCAAAUUGGCAGCACCUAUCCAGUGUGAGCCAGAGUCUGAUGCUGAAUUUGGCCAUAUCAGACCUGAUCUGUCUGCUCCCCGUGCCCCUGUUGAUUUACGCUCUUCUGUAUACGUGGAAUCUCGGUCUGGUGGCCUGUAAGCUCAUAGCGUAUGUCUUGUACUGCUCCGUGAAUUGUAGCUUGCUGAUUGUGACCGCACUGAGUGUCCAGCGCUACCUACAGGUGGUGCACCUGCAGAGAUGCUUCGAUCGGGUAGGAAAGAGGAAGAUGCUGGUUCUGGUCUGGCUGCUUGCGAUGCUCCUGUGCAUCCCUACUUUACUGUUGCAACAGGUGACCGCAGACCAGAAUGGGAUGAUCUGCGCUCGUACCCAAUCUUCCCCAGCCCAGCUGAUGGCCGUGCAACUGGUAGAGUCCCUGAAAGGAUUUGUUUAUAUGUCUGUCGUGGCAUUCACAUACAUCGCCCUUCACCGAAGAGUGAACCAGGCAGCUUUCUUCAACAACCCACAGACGACCCGGCUGAUUACAACUAUCAUUGUGACUUUUUUUGUCCUAUGGAUGCCAUAUCAUAUCACAAAUGUGCUUGGUGUUGCAGCUCAUUUGCUCAAAAACAAAGGUCUGAGUAAGUUUUGCAUAGAGAGCCAGAACAUUGUUUCCUCACUGGUAAUUGUGAAUAGCUGCCUCAAUCCACUCCUUUAUGCGUUUACUUCCAGAAUCAUGUGCACUGUGUGCCAAGAAAGGGAACAUUAA